AUGUAUACCCCUUCAUACCCCACUGUAACCCAAUUAACCUCAAUAUUUGUGCCAUAUUCAACCGCUGUUGUUUCAGGAUCCGACUCUUCAUCUCAUGUCUUUUCCUAUCGAAGUGCUGCCCAUAUUCAGCCUAUAUGUAUCGGAGAUGGCCUAGAUUCAACUUCGGACGGAGUAAUCGCGACUGUGGUGCUUCCAACGAGUGUCGGCCUUGCCGUUUGGACUCAAUUGGUCUGGCAGCUGCUGUUUGCUGUACUACGUCCAUGUUACCGACAAAUAUAUGCGCUCAGAGAGUGGCUGCGAACGCAUCGGUUAAGCUCGAAUCUCGGCGCAUUCCUCUUUCCCUCUGUACCGCUUGUUCCACCUAUACCUUCAGAUGUCCCCGACACUGGAAGGUCAGUUCCAGCGCGCGCUCGCCUAUUUCCAUCCGACGAGGAGUUGAGCCAACGAACUCUGUGGACAUGUCUCAUAGUCGUGCUUGGCUGGAGUUUAGUGGGCCUUGUCGGCGCCUUGCCGUUAUACCUCGUGUCUACGCCAUGCCUUGCGCACUUGUCAGGUGACCCUGAUUUUGCCGGAGUUUACUCCACAAUUCAGGACCUCAGCUUGAUACGUCUCCUGCAGUUACUAGAAGCCGACUCAGCCUCUACAAACACCACAUACUCAGUACUAAACGUACUUGACGGCGAUAAACAAGCUUCAAAGGUUCGACUGCGCAUCGUUGUUCUUGCCAUUUUGGUGGUAUUUGCGGUUACGUUACCGGCGCUAUAUGAAAUACUGAAAGAAAUUCACAACCUUAUUACAUUCCGCCGGCGCUGGUUAGAAGUACGAUGCGAAGGGAAGGAAAUGGGUUGGCUGAGCUCCAGGAAAGCCUCCGGUUUUGCAGGAUGGGGAGAGAAGCGCAUUAAGGAUCAUUUUGUCAAAAUUGGACUCAGUUCUUCCUUGGGAGGCUCUUCUCGGUCCAACAACCGACCAUUGCAGCACUCAUGCCGAACUCAGUCUUACUAUCAGAACUCUCAGGAUUCAGUAUUCGAGGUUGACGUCCAAAGCCUGUUCACUGUAUGGUAG